GCAGGGCCGGAGGCGGCGGGCGCCCCGCGGCGCCAUGGGCACGGUGCUGUCGCUGUCCCCCAGCUACCGCAAGGCGCCGCUGUGCGAGGAUGGCGCGGCCGGCGCGGGGCAAUACACCGGGCAGAACAGCAAGAACGCCAAGGAGCGCAGCCUGCGGCGCAACCCCAUCCUGGCGGCGCUGCCCUGGAAGCGCAUCGCCGCCGUCUCGGCCAAGAAGAAACACUCCAAGAAGGUGCAGCCCAGCGGCGGCUACCAGAGCAACGUCGCCCACCUCAACAGCGAGAACCUGAAGAAGUCGCUGUCCUGCGCCAACCUCUCCACCUUCGCGCAGCCCCCCGCGCAGCCCGCGGCCCCGCCGCCGCCGCUCUCCGCCGCCAAGAGCGCAGCGUCCUCCGGCCGCAAAGCGCCGCCCAACCCCAGCGCGGCCGGCACCCCGAAGCGGGUCAUCGUCCAGGCCUCCACCAGCGAGCUGCUGCGCUGCCUGGGCGAGUUCCUGUGCCGCCGCUGCUACCGCCUCAAGCACCUCUCGCCCACGGACCCCGUCUUGUGGCUGCGCAGCGUGGACAGGUCGCUGCUCCUGCAGGGCUGGCAGGACCAGGGCUUCAUCACCCCGGCCAACGUGGUCUUCCUCUACAUGCUGUGCCGGGAUGUCAUCUCCGCCGAGGUGGCCACCGACCACGACCUGCAGGCCGGCCUGCUGACCUGCCUGUACCUCUCCUACUCCUACAUGGGCAACGAGAUCUCCUACCCGCUCAAACCCUUCCUGGUGGAGAGCUGCAAGGAGGCCUUUUGGGACCGCUGCCUCUCCAUCAUCACCCUCAUGAGCCCCAAGAUGCUGCAGAUCAACGCGGACCCGCACUACUUCACCCAGGUGUUUGCUGACCUGAAGAACGAGUGCAGCCAGGAGGAGAAGAGCCGGCUCCUCAUCGGGCUGGACCGGUGAGCGCCCCCCGCCGCUGGGACCGGGGCACCUUUGUGGUGCUUUGAUUUGUCAGACACAGGUGGCGGUUGGGUGGAUCUUGGAAAUAGCCGCCCAGCCCCCAGCUGGCAGCACUGACCUUUGAACACUUGCAGCCCGGCUUGGCCUCCAGCGGCGCUGCAGCCACAGGGGUGGGUGUGAAGCUGUUGUUGUAGCCAGUAUCCGUUUGGUUUCUGUAACUGCCUGGAGAUCCAUUGCUCCCUCCACUUCCUGGGCCAUAGCACCCAGUGCUCAGUGGGGGCUUGGCUGCCCCUUUGCCCAGACAGUAUCUGCCAGAGGCAUUAUCCACGCAGAAGGCUUCACCCUUGUGAACAGGCGGCUUCAAAACAUGGUGUGAAGGAAAUGCUGGCCUUUCCUUUCUUGAAGGGCCUGGUGGUGUGGGGAUGAGGUAAUCCAAUGGAGUCUUGAGCAUCUGGCAUUUCACAAAGGGAUCCAAUGCUUUAAAGCUGGCAGGGGUUCAGAGCUGCACAAAACGAAGAAAAUUAACCUUAAAAACAAUCAGUAUCAAACUCCAAAAGGGACUUAUUGCAUGUAACGUGUAGUUAGCUGGGAAGGCGAGUGGGGGAGAGGUGGAAUUGCACACACCUUUGACUCUGCAUUGGUGGCUCACACAGUUAAUUCUCAAAAUUCCCAGAUUCGGGAAAGCCCAAUUUUGAGCAGGCAAAACAGUUCCUCACAGGCA